UUCACAGAAAUCUGGAACAUUCACGUCGCCUCGUUAUCCCAGGAAAUACCCUCCAAACAUGCAGUGCAUCUAUAUAUUCCGAGGACUAAGAAAUGAACAAAUAAGGAUCUCAUUUGACAAGUUUUUAUUAAAGGCAAGCGAUGGAGUAUCAAACACUGAAUGCCCAGAGGAUAAAGUGAUUAUCUAUGAAAUUACCUAUGACCGUGACACAGGGAAUGAGACCCUAACUAACAUUGGAGUAUAUUGUAAAGCUAUCAUACCAGGCCCUAUUCUGUCACCCAGAGGAAUAAACAACAUGAUGGUAGAAUUCCAGUCAGAUUUUGAAGGUGUUGCUGGGGGUUUUCAAGGAAAAUAUGAAUUCUUGGAACUCACGGACCCAACCUGUGGUGGCAACCUAACCUCAGAUGAACAUGGCGGGGGUGUCAUCACAAGUCCUAACUAUCCUGCCAACUACAAGAAGGACACAGGAUGUAUAUGGCAUAUUCAGCUCAGAGAUCCUCAGAGCAAAGUUCUCCUACAUCUACAAAAGUUUGCCAUGGAAGGCAGCCCAUCUGCCGGGUGUUCAGCAGCUGUUCUCAGAAUAUACAAAGGUGGUGGCAGUCAACCCGAGGAACUGUGCGGUACAGAUCUCAAGCCAGAGACCAAGAUGAUUAUAUCAGCUCAAAACAAUAUUACUUUAAAAUUUACUACUUCAAGCAGUGCUAUUGGAAAUGGUGGAUUCUUCAUAGCAUGGGCAGAGAUUAUACCUGAAGUCUAUCUUGGGUAUUGCAGUGGUUUCAAGUGUCAUGCUAACCAGUAUUGCAUCCCCAGGAAUUUGGUGUGUGACAAGGUGACACAUUGUGGAGAAGGGGACACCUCAGAUGAAGGGAUAUCAUGUCCUUCUACCAAGAAGAUGAAUGUUGUUCAUGUGAUUCUUGGGUUGAUCUUAACUGCAGUGCUGUUGCUUUUGAUUGGUGUCUGUGUGUUUAGACGACGCAGGAAGAAAUCACGCGACAAAAAACAGGACUUGGAGCAGGAAGUUCAUUUUAUUCGAGGCAGCACAGUAGAUGAUGAAAAUCUCUUUACACAGCCAAAUCAUUCGCAAGAUACCAAUCCUAAAGUUUCCACAGUGUGACAGUAGCCUGACAUAAAAUAUUAUAAGAGCAUAAUGCAAAUGAUCCUCUGUGGUGACGUAUGAGUAUUGUCUGGCACAAUAUGUUGUUUGCAUGGAGAUGCAGGAAAGAGCAAGAACACACAUGCCUUGCUCGAGUUGUUGGAUUGGUAUAAAUUGUCUAUGCAGGUCUGACUUUACUGGGAAAGUUGCAGACAGAACUGUGAACAAUUAUUUCUUGGAGAAGGUUCUAAUAUUGAGAUUGUGAACCAUUUCUCACUGUAUAUAGAUCAGUCUUAUGAUUAUUGGUGCAUCUCGUUGGGUUGGCUUAAAGUCAUGAAUUAAGUGUAUGAAUGGUGAGAUGACAUUGUUUUUUUACAUCUCUUGGUGUGAAGGUAAUGCAUUUAUUUCCAAUCAAACGUAAAAGACAACUUCGAUGAGUAGGAGGGAUAUUUUUGUAAAUGAAAACAUGUUCUUACAGAGCCUAUGACCACAGUACCCUGGAUAGUUUUUGAUUAUUAUUUAUAUUGUACUAAGUCUUUCUUGCAGCAAGCCCAUAGGCAGGGUGUUUGGAGAUCUUACAGACUGCCUGGAUCAAAAUUUGAUCUAGAUUCUGUUACAGCUGUGGUAAAAAGGUCCACUAUUUAAAAAAAUCCACACCUUUGCAGUUGCUGGCUAUAGGCUUGUGGUACAAAUGUAUAAUUAUACAACUAAAAAUUCAGACUUCACUAUUGUCAUAUUCCAACUAUAUUCCUUACCUUCGGGUCAAAAUUCCUUCAAGAUGCUCAUCAGUUUAUGUAACCCAUUUGGAAGAAAUUACAUCAUUCACAGAAAAAUCAAACCCAAGUCUGUUAAUUCCUCUUUUCAAUGAAUUCAGAUAAUUAUUUUUGAUCGGAAAAGACCCAUUGUCUUUAUAAGUGAAUCUUGUCAUCUAAUGACUCUCUUUCAGACAGUUUCCUGGCAUUCAAGACUGUGUGAUUCUAAUUAAUAGCUACAUGUAUUUUCUCUGAAUAUCUUACUCAGGCUUUGGAAGUUCUAGGAUUAAAAUAUAAACUCAAGUGCUACUAUUUUUCUACAAGCUGUCAUUAUUAUUAUACACAUUUAACCAUGGUCUAUAUAUAUGUAUGGUCUUUUCAAGCUGUAGGUAUUUGUAUUAAAAGGAUAACAACUGUUCAUUUUGGCCAAAAAAUUAAUUUUCCUGGGGUAAAGGACAAUUUUCCC